GGAACACGGCCACACAGGUAGCUGAAGACACUCAUCGUCUCCCACGGCGGCAGCUCCUAGGCUCCGAAACCAUUCUUGGACACCUGCUCUACCUUACCGGCAGGAAUUCUGGGAUUCCUCACCUCUGAGCCAACACCUGGAUCCCGCCUUUGGCACCAGGCCUAGGACCCAUCCUUCCCUUUUGUGCCUGGUCCCCCCCAGUGGCUGCUGUCCCGGGCCAUGGCCCACAGGCGGGGCCUGGGGCCUGGGCAGCUGCAAGCUGUGGCCGCCUUACUCUUCCUUGGACUAAUCCGGCUGGGAAUGGCACAAUGCGGCACAGUCUUCCAGCCCCGCAUCACAGGAGGCAACAACGCGGCCCCUGGCCAGUGGCCCUGGCAGGUCAGCAUCAUCUACGUCCAAGAGCACGUGUGCGGCGGCUCUCUCGUGUCUGAGGAGUGGGUGCUGUCGGCUGCUCACUGCUUCCCCAGUGACCACCACAAGGAAGACUACGAGGUGCGCCUGGGCGCCCACCAGCUGGAGUCCUUCACUGCAGAUGAUAUGGUCCGCAAUGUGGCCGAGAUCAUCUCCUACCCCACCUACCGGGAGGAGGGCUCCGAGGGCGACAUCGCACUCGUCCGCCUCAGCAGCCCCGUCCCUUUCUCCCGCUCCAUCAGGCCCAUCUGCCUCCCUGCAGCCAACGCUUCCUUCCCCAAUGGCCUCAAAUGCACAGUCACUGGCUGGGGCCAUGUGGCGCCCUCAGUGAGCCUUUCGGCCCCCAAGACGUUACAGCAACUCGAGGUGCCACUGAUCAGCCGCGAGACCUGCAACUGCCUGUACAACAUCGACGCCAAGCCCGAGGAGCCACACACCAUCCAGCGGGACAUGGUGUGCGCCGGCUACGUGCCGGGCGGCAAGGAUGCCUGCCAGGGUGACUCGGGGGGCCCGCUCUCCUGCCCUGUGGAGGAUGUCUGGUACCUGGCGGGCAUCGUGAGCUGGGGCGAUGCCUGCGGGGCCCCCAACAGACCAGGUGUGUAUACUCUGACUUCCAGCUACGCCUCCUGGAUCCAAGAGCAAGUAACACAACUCAAGACUCAUGUCGUGCCCCAAACGCAGGAGUCCCAGCCCGACGGGUACCUCUGCAGCAAGUCUCUGGCCUUCAACUGCGGCCCCGGGCAGGGCUUGCUGCGGCCCAUCCUGCUGCUGCCGCUGAGCCUGGCCCUGGGGCCUCUCCUGCUCUCGGUGCAAGCGCUGAGCUAUGGGCUCUGGAACUGAUCCCAUGUCCGGGCCCACUCACCACGCCCAAGGAUGUACCUUUUGGGCCUGGGGCACUCUGCGGAGGGUCGGGGCACCGCCCUGGUUUUUGAGCCCAUUCUCCCAGAUCGGCUCUUUCGAACUGUACACAGAGUCAAGGGUUUCACGGCCUGUGGCACUGGUCAGGACCACCGGCGGCCUCCACUAGCGUCGGCAGCUGACUGGUUGGGCUCCUAGGGAGCCGAAAGGACCUUCAGCUCCAAACGCAGGCCCCAGCUCCCACCUGCCUCCUCAGGGCCGCGCAGCUGCCUGGCCCGCAGCUGCUGAGAGCCUGGCUCCGAGCCCCCUGCCCUGCCUGAUGAGCCGUCUCUAGGCCCCCGUCCCCUGGGCUUGCCCGCCUUGGCGAUGGGACAGGCCUCGGUCCUGCCCCACUGGCCACCAAGGCCCCUUGAUUUCUGACUCCCAGCAUCCGGAGGACUGAGCCCCCGCCGGGACUCAGCUGGGGGCUCGGACGGGGGCGGGGACUAAGAGCUCGAGAAGGAGUGAAAUGUUCUGAGCACAGCUGGCUGGCGAAAUGAAACGCAGAACGCCAGCUCUUGGUCUGUCCCUCCCACCUCUGCAGUGCUGCGCCACCAGCACAAUUUACUUUAUUAAAAAAUGACAAAGGA